AUGUCUAAAAGCACCAUAAUAACUCUCCCACAGAUGGUGGAUUUGGCCUUGAACGCCCCGGAAAUUGGUAUUGUGAACUUUUCCGUCCUCCACUCAGUUUUGCAUGUUCUAGUCCAACAAAUGAAUCUCACUGACUGUAAUGUUGAGUUCAGAGGCAGCGACAGCGAGAGAUUGCAAAAUUACAUCGCUUCGGCAAAACCAGGUCCUAUUAUCGCUCUUACCGAGUACACUGUGGGACCUACUGGCGAGGAAGUCCUUAAAUCAAAGGAAGAAGAAAAAGGCAAAGCUGAUGAAUCGCAGACGGAAAAAACCGAAGAGGCUAAAAGUAUAGUGGUGAUAGAGCAAAAAUCGCAAACAAGAACCGACACCAAAUCACAGUUCACCAUGGCCAUAACGCAAGAUAGGUAUGAGAAUCUCGUAGGCGAUAUUAAAGAUUUGCAGGAGAAAGUACAAGAGUUGGCUGAGUUGCCAGGAAAUUUGGGAUUAGUAAAUACAAUUAGGUCGGAGAAACCUUCUCCAGUAUUGGAUAUGUUUCACAUAAUGAAGAUAUCCAAAAGAGUCGACGCCUUGGAUGCCGGAAUGAAGAAGAUAUCUUCCCUCGUGGAGGAUUUAGCGUUGGAAAAAAAAGGUGAAGGGCCCUUGAUGGAUGAAAAAGAUACCUUGAUCAGAAAAGAAGACAUUAUGGAACUAGAAGCACGGUUAGUCAAACUAGAGGAAGGAGGAUUAGUAUCCGCAUCUCCAGCCAACCUUGAGAGAAGGGUAUUUAUUUCUCCAUCGAGCAACAAAAUCAGGUCAUCAACUUCCAAAAACCAAACACCUAGAAGCUCAACUGAUGGGGCAAAUAUCGACCAAGAGCAUGAGGAUGACGCCACUACGCGUGCAGAGACAGUCAUUGACUUUGGAGUAGAAGAUCUCUCAACUCUCCCGAUCAAUGAAGCCAUUUAUUUAAUACAGAAAGACCUGGAAUUGUUUCAUCAUCACGUCGAUAAUCUUUUCGGUAAGAUGUCCAAAGACAUAAAAAACCUGAAGAAUAUGGAUUUAGAAGAACAAUUGAAGAAAAAGGAAGAAGAGGGCGAUGACCUAGCUGAAAUUAAACCACUGGCAGGUUCGCAUGCUCCGCAAGUGGAUGAAAAUCUCGAUAAAAGAUUACGGCCUUUGGAAGAGCAAUUAGCGAAUCUAAAGAAUAUAUCCGACACGUUAUGGAGCGAAAGAUCAAACAUCUCAAAUAUGAUAGACGCAAUCAAAAACAAUAUCAUGACCAUGGUGACAAACCUGAAAGCUGACAAGGAUGAAAUGGAUGACGCUCUCCUGGAGAAAGCAGAUUUGUGCCUUUUGGACGAGAAAGUAUCCAAAAAUCAGUUGGAUGAGGUGAUUGAUGAGUUGAUGAACAAUAUAAUGGAUAACGGUGGACAGUUAAGCAAAAAACUCGAUGAGUUAGCAAUUCAAACAGCUGAAGUUACUGAAGAGGUCAAGACCAAAAUGGGCAUCCAAGAUUUGGACGGUUUUAAAGACCUAACCAACGCCAAAUUUGCUUUGUUGAGCGAAAAAAUAAAGGCCCUGUCGAACCUUAAAGACGAUGUGGAAGCCGCUGGGGCCAAGACGAAAUUCCUCAAAAACGUCACAUGCAUAUCGUGCGAUCAGGAGGUAAAAAUGCGUCGAGAAAUCGACUCGACGGCGUUCCCGAAAGCUCCAGCUUUGCAGACCACGGGAAAAAGCAUGGGAGCUUAUCUGUCGUACGAGCUGGAUCACCUAAGGCGUAUGCAAAAGUGCACCAACAAAAACAAGAGCCUCAACGUGCUGGAACAAGCGUUAAAGUUUGGAAAGCUGGACCGACCUGAGACCGAUCACAUAUGUAAUAGAUACUGCGGGGGUAGUCACACAAACACGACGUUUGAGCAGAGGGUUUCCAGGGUUGGGCAUUUUUUGAAUCAGUGGGUUCCAGAAUCGACAACUUUAAAGGAUGGUGGCAUCAGGGGGACAGAUGGAAAGAUGUACAAGGGACGCGAAUGUGACGAAAAAAAGGAGGUUAUAAAGCAAAAUCAAGAAACUGAAAUGGAGAUUGCUGAAGUGUUGGAGGAUUUAGAAGCAUAUGAUGCACAGUCGAAGGAAGAUUUGUCGACAAAUAUAAUAAAAAAACCGAUAAUAUCUGAACCAAUCAAGUCUCGAAUGUCCAUUUCUUCUCGACUAUCCAUGUCUCGACCAUCCAUGUCUCGACCAUCCAUGUCUCGACCAUCCAUGUCUAGACCGUCUAUUUCAAGUAAAUAUUACAAAGUUUUAAUGCUUAUGAUGAUAGGCGGCCGGUCACGAUUUGUCACGCCCGAGGAGGGGACAAAGUAA